UGCAAACACACAAAUAUUUCAUAAAGAAAAAUUCAAACAAUAGAAAUGGGCAAGGUUGUGGGUAACUCUGCGAAGAUGGCUGUUGCUUUGCUCUUCCUGUUGACCCUCAUGCUUUCCAUGAAUGAAAAGCGAGGGGCGGUGGAGGCAAAGUUGUGUCAAGAGCGGAGCAAGACAUGGUCGGGAUAUUGUGCGAUCACGAGUCAUUGCGAUCGGCAAUGUAAGAAUUGGGAAGGUGCAGUUCAUGGAGCUUGCCAUGACCACGUUCCUGGAAAGGCUUGUUAUUGCUACUUCAACUGUUGAAAACCAUGCAAUAACCUGAUGCUGAUGAUGAUGCUGAUGAUGACGAUCUCCUUCUCCAUAUCAUUCCUCUUCUUAAAAAAUAAAAGCUUCAGUUGCUUAUUGUGUGUUUUCUUAUGUGGGUAUGAAGGGGUCUAUAUGUAAUAUUAGUUUUUAAUUAAUGUUUUUAAGUGUGAGAAGUUUAUGUGGUUGGAAAAGUGAGUGUAUUGUGGUUUGUGUGAUAAAUAUGCUGCUAUUUAUCUCUGGCAGCUUGUUUGUGUGUGUCUUCUUCUUCAUAUCUGAAUAAAGUGACUUUCUUUACUCA